AUGUCACAACAUAACCAAAUGUUUGUAGGUGGUGUUCCUAGCUACUAUUUGUCGUUCCAAAUGCCACAACAAUUCCAAUCUCAACAUGAAGACCAACACCCCCAACCGAAACACAAACUCAAUUCUAAUUCCAUUCCCAACCACCUUUCACACCCUCACCGGAAAAUGUUUACGAUUCUAAACCCGAACAAGAAGUUCAACCAAAAAAAAGGGAAGGUCGAUCCAAGAAGAUGGAGUCAAAAAGAAGAAACGGAAUUAGCGAAGGCAUUGGUCAACAUAUCGGAAGAUAACGCCACCGGGAAGAACCAAAUGCGAUCAAUUUUGGUUGUGUGUUAUGGAGUGAUUUUGUAG